AUGAAAAUAAAACCUCCGACGAAAAUCACCGUCGUCGUCGUCGUUGCCGCCGUCGGUAUACCGUAUUGUAACGGAGGAGCUCGCCCUCCGCCCUCUGUUUCCUCGUGUUUUUUAUUAUUAUUAUUUUUUUUUUUUUUUUUUUUUUUUUUUUUUUAAUCAGCUUAUAAUUCCAGACGGAUUUCCCGACACGCUAUACCACAUGCCACCCGAAAAGUUAAAUUAUAUCGUUUUCGCGACAAACGAAAUAAUAAUAAUAAUAAUGUAAUUGGCAAAACGCAACGUACCCGAAACCUAACCCAACUUAUAGUGUGCAGUGCGUAUCGCGGUCACACGACUACGUGGACGAGUGGGAAUGGGGUACACCAUCACUGCCUUCCCAUAUUGUGGAUACUAUUGCUUCACCAGUCCCCUAUUCAUUCAAUAUUCGAUCAAUUAUUUAAACAAGUCAUAAAAUAAAACACAUUUAUAACAUUUAUUAUACUACAAUACAGCAUUUUUGAUUGAUAAAAAAAAACCACGGGUUGGCCACUGCUGUAGGUGGUCAGUUGAAAAUGUCGGAUAUAUAAUAGCGCAGAUAAUUUAGUUUAUUAUAUAGUGUACGAAACGAUAAAUCACUGAAAACGAAAAACGAUUCCGAACGGUGCGUGGUGUAGUACUUAUUGGUUGUGUGCGUUUUUUUCCUUAUUGUCAAAAUAAUCUAGAAAUCGACAGAAAUAAUAAAAAAAAAUGUUUAUAACAGGAGAAGAAAAUUUCGAUAAAUGUUUCGAAUAAAGUACUUUUAGGUGAAAAAUCCGCAUCGUUUUCCGAGGCAAUAUGAAGUAAAGGAAGUGCAAAAAGAAUAACGUCAACGAUCAGUUUAAAUCCGACCGGGAAAGAGAUCAAAAGACCAAGGAAGCGAUAAAGGGAUAUUGGGUAUAGUCGUAAUACAGAAUACAUGGAUCAGUUGGGUAUAGAGAAUUGUGAAUGGGUUUUGAACAAUAACUGAAAAGGCUCUUGGUGAGCCGUAAAGCUAAAGAAGAAAAACAAGACAAGAAUUAAAAAAAAAAAAAAAAAAAAAAAAAAAAAAAAAAAAAAAAAAAAAAAAAAAAAAAAGAGAGCAAAAAACAAAUCGAAAAUACUAUACCGAAAACAUUCCUAACCUAACCUUUUCGAUUAGAGCUUCUGGUCGAAACCACGUGUUACCAGAGUUAAGUGUGUUAAUUUACUUAUACUGCGACUUUCAACUGUAGACACAUUUCCGGGCGUAGAGGAAUUUUGAUUUUUUUUUUUUUUUCAAAACAUACGGUCAUUUUUAAACCAACCAGUGGCUGUUGAAAAUUGUGUGUUUCAUACAUUAUUAUAUAUGUUUCGUGACGUCCCGACCUUUUCUUUUAUAUUACGCGAAGCACAGGUAUUGAAGUGUUCGUAAAGUGCACUCGCGUGACACUAUGCGACUUUUUAUAUAUACUAUUACGUAUAUUGCGAUUAUUUAAUGGUUAUAUACACAAUGACGGAAUAAUAUUAUAUUCUACACAAAACGCCCAUGUGAUGAUGAGAGACCUACGAUCGAUUUUCAUAACCAUUAUUUAGCGACGGUUUUUGCAGUGUUUUUAAUUUUCAGAAAACUGCAGCACUCGUCGAGACUAAAAAUACUCUGAAAUUUUUUUUUUCUACUCAAUUUUAAAUUUACAACGUCGUUUUUUUGAAUAAACACCAUAUAAAAAAAUUCGAAAAAUCCUAGAAAAUAUGAACUAACAAUAUGUUGGAGAAAUUGGACAUCUGAGAAAAUAGAUGACUCUAUCCUUCAACGUCAAAUACUUAUUGAUACGGUCAUAUUGUAAGAAGAGAUGGUCUAGAAAAAUUGUUAGAAUUAUUCAAGGAAAUGCAUAAGGCAAAAGAAAUCGUAGACGUCCUCCGAACCGAUUUAUUGACCAAACCGAAGGUCUAACAGGGUCAGUGGCAAAAAUCACAUGAAACAUAAAGACUGAAAAGCUUCGAAAAAUUGCAUAAAAAAUUACAAGAUUAUAGUAAAUAGUUAACUACGGACUAAAACUAAUCAACUAAUUAAGAUCAUAAUUUUAAACCGAUGGUAGUUAAAUUACUCAAUGUUAAAUAUCUAUACUAUUUUAUCGGCACAAUAUUUAACAGUAAGUUUUACUUACGAUAGUAAGACUUUUUUCAAGAUAAAUUCUACAAUUUACUUUGGUACACUUUACCGAAGAGCAAACUACAGCGUGGAACGGCUUCUCUAUAAAUUACGUACAUUAUCUCUAUGAUCUGUACGAAUUUAAUGCCUACGAAUUAACAACCCUGGAUUAAUGCUGGACAAGAUAUCGAUUUUUCUACUUCAAAAUUUCCCCCCUGUCCGACGUAGCUUAUGCCUUUUACCCUUACUUGUAUGUACACCCGACGUGCAGGUUUUUCAAUCACUAAAGAAUUUAGGUUUACAGGACAUAAUCAUUAAUAACUUCCUUGGAGCAGUACCAGCUGUAGGUCUGGAGCUCAGACGAGAUUUUAUUUUUCUAAGUUGCUAUGUUUGGAUAUCGAAUUUUCGGCCGUUUUAUAUUACUUUUUCUCAUUAUCGCCCAGGGGAGAAGCGACCGUAUGCUGUCGGUUUUCGGUUUAUCGUCCGUAUAAAACGAUAUAAUAAUAUCCGUAAACGACCAACUACGAAAUUCGCGGGUUCGCGUCUGCAAAAUCGUCUGUACAACUAUAGCCGGACGAGUGCGUUUAAAAAUACGACGACGACGACAACGACGACGUUAUAUUAUUAUCGCACUGUGGUGAAAUAUAGAGUUAAUUAGGAAUUUAGCGAUGUCGCGUGUAAUGAAAAUAGCAACGCGACCUCGUAUAUCAUUCUGUCUCGUGAAAUCGAUAUACACUGCACCGUCGUCGCCGUCGCUCGUAUAAUAUAAUAUUAUAUAUUAUUAUUAUACUCGAAAAUACACGAGCUAGGGAAGUCGAAACUAUUAUAAUAGGUGACCUGUAAGCGCGGGGGAGGAGCUUGGGGGAAGAGAUUCAUAUCCAGUGACGGGGUCGAAAUUACUGCGAAUCGCCUUCCGAAACUUAUUGCCAAAGUCGGCCAAAUUAACUUGACUAUAAUAAUAAUAUAGUCAACACACGACGAGCAAAAAACUUGUUUUUUGUAAAGUCAGUCAAGGAAAAUCCAAGUGAACUCCCCGCGGCUGCGUGGUUAAACUAUCUGAAAGUAGGGGAAAAAAAUAGAAAUCGAUAAAAAAAAAAAAAAGGAAACUGAUACUGGUAAUAAUUGAAAGGGUAAAUGCGUGUAUAGAGUAAUUUUAUUUAGAUCUGAAUGCAACGAUUAACCAUUGCUAACGGAAAACAUUUCUGAACGGAGUAUUAUUUGUCCUAUUUUUCCCUUGUUGCCAAAGUAACACAAAAAUCAACAAAAAAUGAAUAAACAAUGGCCAGUUUUACCCAUUUGUUAAGAAAACUACAAGGAAAAAAAAAAUCACUUCUUUAUAAUGCACCAACUUACUAUAGAUCGAAAAUGCUACAAAACAUUUUUAAACAAUUUUUGAUAGGAACAGUUUUGCCGGAAAAAUUUGUUACACACAAAAAAUAAAAAAAAAAAAAACACAAAUAAAAAUAAAACCUAUACAAUUCCCGAUUCGCUCAGAAUUUAAAAUUUCACUCUGUUGCCCGGUUAUUUAUUUAUCCCAAUUUUCUAUAUCAGACAAGAUUAUCUCCUAGAUGUAACAAGCGAUAAUUUUCAAUAUGGGAUUUUCACCAUCUCCCCUCCCUAGAUGUGUUUUAACCCCGGGGAAGUAUUAGUUGGCAAAAAAAAAGUUAAACAAAUUUAUAGUCGAAUCCCGUCAAAGUGCAGUUGACCGUGAUAGCUAAUAAUUAAAUAACACCAACGGCUGAUGUGUCUAUGUAAUAUUAAAUUUGUCUUUUCCCCUACAUAAAUCUAUGAAAAUAAAUUUGAAAAACCUCGAAAUUCAAACGCUGAGCUCCUCGCGCUUCUUUAAAAAAUAGGAAAAAUUUUAAAUAAUAAUAAAAAACAACGCUAAAUCGUCCUAAAUAAUAAUAAUAAUAAUAGAAACGUGCCUCAACGAACUCAUCGUCAAACGUAUAUUCCUAGAAUGCCCCAACUACCAGAACGCUCGAACGAAAUCAAACUUAAACACAAGCUCACUCAAAGAAGCAUUCAACUAUGGAGAAGAAAAAAGAAUAUUAGACUUCAUCAAGAUAGCCGAUCUCGCAUCGAACAUCUAAAACAAUGGAGCACAUAUAUAUAUAAACUAAUUUUUUUAACCACUGUAGGCUAAUAAAUGAUAUAUUUGAAGCUUUAAAUAAAUAAAAAAACAAAAAUAAUAAUAAUAAUAAGAGUUUUUUUUAUUUUUUUGCAGAGCUAUUGGAAUUCGACACGCCGGCCGAGCAGACAACGGACGAGUACAAAGACUACUUCAUAAAGUGUAAGGUGAAGGGCAACGCGAUGCCGACAUUCAUGUGGUCGUACAAAAAUCAGACGAUUAAAGAUAAAACGAAAAGUAAGUAUAAAAUUAUUAGUAUCCAUUAUUCUGGUGUGCACCGGGCGAGAAAAUUAAUGUGUAUCGAAUUCGUCAACGAUUUACUAUUUACUCAUUUGCUAUUUAUAUACUGGAAGCGAACAAAAUCGGCGAGUAAUAUUCACAAUUUCGAUUUUCUCCUAGAUUAGAUUUUUUCUACCGUAUUACAAUAAUUGCCCAUGUGUGUAACAUUUUGAUAAAUGUAAUUUUUUUCAUUUUUCUCGUAAAGUUUCACUGGUUCGAGUCGCUCGCUUGUACAAAAUGUCGUAUAAUAUCGAAAACUAAUUGACCUAUUCGAAACUGUAAACGCAUUUAUCAAAAUUGUAUAGCAACACCUAUACCGAUUUUUCGUAAAAAAAUGAUCGCUGUAUAGUGAUAUUUACUCGUUUCGUAGUAAGGGACAAGGGUUUAGCGUAGGUAGUUAUUUUUAUUAUUAAUACCGUGGUAUACGCAUAACAGACAAAUAGUGUCGAUAUCAACAUCAUCCUUGGUGGUUUCUGGUAGAAAAUGUUAUCUAGUUGAUGCACUGUAGAUGUUAUUUUUAUAAUUUCAAUUACGAUUGAACAAAACUGGGAAAAUGUACGCAACGAUGGUUUUUUUGUUCUGAUUACAAAAAGACCACGGAGAUUCGAAAUUUUCACCGGCCACUUACAUCAGCGAUCUCUAAACGUUUCGGUACAAUUUUCGAUCUGUUUAUAAAACCAUUUUAAAAUAACUAAUUUUUUUUUUUAUAUAUACAUGUAUAUAAAUUGUCUAUAAAAUUAUUUCGGCACGGCGAGUUCUCAAAAAUUUAACCCGAGGUUCAUCGCGAUUCGCGUUGAUAACGGUACGCGGUAAUAAUUUUAAAUUCUAAUAUACGUGUGUGUGUGUGUAUUAUUUUAUAUUGAUAAAACGUUUGUUUUACUGUCAGCAGGUGAAAAGUAUUCGGUUGAAGAAGGCGGACUAUUGGUACGAAACGUGACGCACUUGGACGCCGGUAAAUACACGUGCAGGGCGUUCGAGACCACCAGCAAGUCGAGCGUUUCGGGCGAGAAGGAAAUCAACUUGAAAGUCAGACGUGAGUGUGAAUUCACAUCUUCGAUAUACUAAAUGAAAACGUUACUAUAUAUUGUAUCUGUACAAAAAAAAAAAAAAACCAAUAACUGACGCGUUUUUACGAUAAAAUCAUUUCAUAGUAGAAAACCUCCGAAGCGACGUUCACGCGAAAAUCUCGCUGUCUAUAUACGAAAUCAUUGUAUUUCGAUCGUGUGUACCGGAUAAAGUCGAACGCGUGUAGUUAUGCGUGCUGGGUUCGGUAAACGUAAAAACUAAACAAAUAGCAUAAUAAACACGGUCUGUGAUAGCGAUGCCAAUCGAAUUAUUUUUUCAUACGGCUGUAAACAUAUUUUCGGUUAGUGGAAAUCUCCCAAAACAUUCACACCGAACAUAUAACCUAUUUAAAUAAAGAUGCGGAUUUUCCGCCUAGGGGCAUACUUUAGGGGCAUACAGGGUAACGAAUUGCAUUCAGAAGCCAUGUUUGAUUUAAAAUAAACAUAAUAAUAUAUUGUAUUUUAAUUGGCUUCUCCUUAAACAGUAAUACACCGGGAGCACAUAUAUGAGGAUUUAGUUAGACGGUAGCUAAACAAUAGAAAGUCUUCCCUGACCCGAACACUGAAAAAUAGAAAGACUAUAAACAUAAACAUUGGCGAGUUAAAAAGUUAAUAGUCAGGUUGAUUUUAAAUUUCAACUUAGUAUUUUUGUUUUUUAUUUUUUACAUUACAACUGAACAAUAGCAGUCUUUACACUGUAUUUGAAUAUACGUAAUAAACCGUUGUAUAAAUAAUUCGUUCUUUUUUCUUUUUUUUUACUCAAAAAUGUGUGUGAAUUUAAAAGUUUAAUUUAGACAAAAAAUAAAAUAGAAAAUAAUAUAUAUACACAUCAUUAUAUAACGUGAUUAAUUAAAAAAUCCAUUAAAUUUUAAAAUUAACUUUCAACUUAACUCGGAUAAUGUUAGUAAAACAAUCAACUUUUAUCGUGUUUACUCGUAAAUUUUUCUUCAGUCAACUUGACUUAAACGCCGUGUUAAUAUUUGAUAUUAUUCACGAUAACUCACCGAUAUAACUUUUGAAAUUGCACACGGAAUAAAAAGUGAAGGUUAACAGUGAUUUUUAUCACCAAAUUUCUGUGCUAGUUAUAAAUAAUAUAUAGCUGAUAAAAUCGCUGGCAGUGACCGCCAUUACAGAGUUGCCAUCGCUACACAAGCGUCAUUUGGAACAAAAUCAUUAGGUAACAAGCAUUUUGAAUAAUAUUUUAAAUUCAGUUGUGUUCAAAUGAAAAUAGGGAGCAGUCGACAGUUACCGUAGUCAAUCGUUUAUCAGAACUAUAUAGAAAUAAAUGGAAUAAAUUUAAACAUGUAUAAGUUAUCAGUUGUGUGAUCUUUAUGCGUUCAAAUGCAAUACAAUCGAUACUACAAUAUUGUAUUAUCGCGAUCGUGUUCGGAACAGUGCAACACAAUUUUAUUUCUCUUAGAAUUAUUCAUAGGGUAGCGUAGCUGUAUUAAUAGCUAUAAUAAAUUAAUAUUAUUGCAACUCCGAUAAAAUGGCCGGGUAGCAGUUGCCUUCCCUUGAUACCAAGCCCGGAUUUAGAGAGGCCAUAUGUCCAAACUUUUCUACGAGGCCCCCAAAAAGAAUAAUAAAAACAAUGUAUACUAGUUAUGUUUUAACAAAAUAAAAACAAUAAAUAAUAAUCCUAAAUAAUAUUAUAAAUGUGAAAGUAAAUCUGUCUGUUACGUUUUCACGUCUAAACCGUUGAACUAAAUUUGAUGAAUUUUGGUAUAGAGAUAGAUGGAACCUUGGAGAAAAUUCUAGGUUACUUGUUGUUGUGAAAAAUAAAACUUAAAGGGGAUCUUUCAUCCAAAAUUUGAAACAAACAAAUAAAUAAUGAACAGAAAUAAAAAUGCCAUAACAACUUUAACGACUUGAGAUAAAGUCUAUGUAUCUGUUUGCCGGUCUAUUAUUGGUUUGAAUUCGGAUGGGCUACCCUUGGUAACACGGACGAAGAAAAACAAAAACCUAGGCGCUGUCUGAUUAAUGUUUAAAUAAUGUUGUCAUAAUUUAAUCCCUGUGCUGUGCGGGUAUCUAUGGUAACACGGGCGAAAAAAUGUAAGACACAAUAGAACACUUUUAGUUCCACAUAUUUUUUUUUUUUUCAAUUUACUGGUAUACUAAAAUACGGGGAAAAAAGAAAAACAAAUAAAAAAUUGGCUAGGACAAUGCCAGGCGCGUGACAGUUAGUAAGCAUAUACAUUUGGUGAUUUCUAUUAAAGGCUAUCAACGAUAUAAAGUCAUUAAAAACAAUGAAAUAUUAAAAAAAACACAAAGUCGAUGAUUAAACGCACAGAUAAAGAACGUAAUAUCGUUCUGAGGCGAAAAUUGAGGAGAAUUUGAGGAAUCUUGUGGCUCGGGAGCCGCGGUCCUCCCUGGACAUUUUCUUAUUCCGGGCUCGCUCGCUACCCCGCAAUGACGCCUACGGUACCGCGGGGUCAUUCACUAGUGGCAUCACUGCCCGCUGAUAUCUAUAGAUUAUAUUUGUUGUUAUUUGUUAUAUUUACCAUUUGUUAUAUGCUCUGUAGUGCCGCGAUCUGCCCCCGGAGGUAUUCGAAGGGCUAAACGAGUUAUUAUCGGCCGUCGAACGGCGAAGAAACAAUAAUUUUAAAAACGUCAACAAUAUAAUAAUAUUAUAUAGUAAUGAAAAUAUAAAAUCGCCCGUAUCGCUCGGUACCACCACUACGGUCGUGUAUAUAACAACACUGCGCCUUUAAAAAGCUCUCGUAUUUAUCCGAUCGGAUAUAAUAUACUUAUUUUGAUUUUUCGAGUACCCGCGUUUCGUUUCAAAUAUACGCGAAUACCUAUGCGUACGUAAGGUACGGGAACAUAAAAUAAUAAUAAUAAUAAAAAAAAUGUUCGGUGUCGGAAAAAAGACGUAUUGAAUAAAUAUUUAUAUACGAUUUCGGGGAUUCGAGUCCGCGGGAUCGGGUGGGGUGAGAUGAGGGAUGAGAGUUGAUCGUAUAAAUAUCGGAUCGAAUUUUUAUAUGCGUAUAGGUUGCGUUAUCACGCGGACCGGAUAAUAACAAUAACAAAACAAAAAAAACAAAAUAUUUUUUAUUAUUGUAUUUUUUUUUUUUUUUUGCAUACACAUCUUAAUUUACGUAGAUGCGAUAUUAUGUUAUUAUAUCUUCUGGUCCAUAGUUAGAAGGACUUAAGUCAAUUUCGUAUAGUUUUUAAUGCAAGAUAGUUAAAUUUUGAAAAUCAUGUAUAAGUCAUGUUAUAUUAUACGACAUUCCGACUUACGUGUGUCUUUUUCUACCAAACAAAAAAUAUAUCUCGUGGCAAAUCGAAAUGUUUAAAUUUUCUGUAUAAACGCGAUAGAAUAGACAUAUGCUAUGUCACGUAGACCGAAAAAUAAAGUAAAACAUACGAGUAUUACACAUCGUCGGAAUACUUCGUUUUUAAACGGCCACCAUUCAAGUCGGGGCUCACGAUUUCCUGCGGGUAUAUAAAGUACACGGACACGCGUGUGCUUAAUAAUUAACGGUUAUUCGGGUGUAAAAAAUAUCUGGUUAUGUUGAAAAUAUACAAAGUAUACAUGUGUAUAAUAACACACUCGGGGAUGAGAUAUUAUUUUUAUAAUUUUUCAAUCUUGAUAAUAUUAACUGCCCCCCGCCCCGCAUAUCUUUACUCUGAAACCGUGCUUGAAUACACGUUUAUUAUUACAUGCACGUGUACUAUUAAAUACAUGGAUUUUAUAACUACACGUCUACCUGUAGUUUUAAGUCGCAUAAAAUCGUAAACCCUAGUUCAGAAGAAGCAAAAAAAAGUUUCCGUCUCAAAGGUCCUAACUCCAGAAUGACAACAUUAUAUAAUAUGGAAAUUUGAUGGAGAUAAAACUUUUUCAUCAACGUGGUAAUUUCCCCGUACUAUUAUCAGCAUUUUUACAGAAUAAUACUUUUUUUCUUAUUUUUUGAGUUACCGUGUUUUUAUAAACGUCGCGUCAUCGUUGAUAUAAGUUAAAAAUAUCAUAACCACGAAAUUGCAUUUUUAAAGUUACAUUUAUUACAAAUUAGACCGACGAAAUUGGGGAAAAGGUCGAUUAGAUCCUCACCGUUCAUUAGAUCGGCUCUUUUAGAUUCUGAACGGAGCAAUGAAUGUAUUGGUUUUAUUUUUUUAUAUGAACAACUUUUCUACCAUUUCGCUGCGGUUUUCUCAAGUGUAACACUUUUUCUGAAAGGAUUUCUGACUGGGGCGGUACUUUAGAGAGAUCAUUUUUUUUUUAUUUUCCAAGCAAUUUUCAAAAUAAUUGGGAAAAACCGAGAAAAUGUACGAAAUGUAUCAUUUCCAAAUCGUUAAUGUUACAAACUUUCAAAACCUAACCGGACCCCGCUCAGAAUCCCUUUUGUUUAACAAUGGUUAAUCGUUGCGCGUACAGAUGUACAUUCGAUUUCCCAUCUACCUUCCCGACUACUUCUCAUCUACAACAGUGGCCCGCCCAUAGUGCGAAGCAUGCAGCGUUUUGUUCGGUUCGCGUUAAAAUAUUCAUUCCGAAUAUUAUACUUUUUAAUCGGUAUUUUACCCCCGAAAAAAAAAAAAUCUAUCGGUGGGUCGUGCCCGAUAUGUAUAGAUAAUAAAGUUCGUUUCACUAUCGCGUUGAAUUCGAAUUGGUACGGAUUUCAUCCGAUAUACAUACGCGGCGGCGUUUGGACUUCAACGGCUGUCGUAUUAUUACAUUACACUCGCGGAAAAGUACCUAUACGUAUUAUAACGCACACCACCCAAAACCGGAGUCGUUGAUAUUUUAUAAUAUAAUAUCAUAUACGAGUACGAGAACACCGCCGACACAAAGCUCGAGUGCUCGCGGUUAUUUUAUUAUUAACAAGACCGCGGAUUCACUUCGCGCAACAUACCCGUACACCCGCGCACGCACACACACCAACACACACGCACGCACGCACGCACGCUCACCAACACAAACACCCACACACACACACGCACGCUCACCAACACAAACACCCACACACACACACACACACACACAUCACGCGACAAUAUUUGUCACGUCGUGUUACAUAAUAUACACGUAGUUGUAUUAUUUGUCUUUACAUUCGUAUGCCAUUCAUAUAUUGUAUUAUAUUGUUUCGCGCGGUGCCGGCAUUAAAUUCAUUAAAUCGCCGGGUAUUAAAUUAUUAUCAUCAUUCAGCCGCGUCUUUACGCACCUAAUAUCCUACGCUCGGCGGCCGCGCCGGCGGUAUUAUUGUCGUAUCAUCACGCAAUGUCGUUUCGUACGAGACGCACACCGAUUAUGCCUGUAUGUUUUUCAAAAACUUUUUUUAAAAAAAAGAGUAAAAUAGAUUUUAAAACCAGUCGGAAUACAAUAUUGAAUACUUAAAAAAAAAAUUUUAAUAUUCAGAAUACCAUCAACGAUAUCUGCAAAAAUAUUAAGAAUAAACAAUAAUUGUAUUAUAGUUACGUAUAGGCCGGAGAAUAUUUUCGAUGUAGAAUAUAAUAAAUAAAUAAUAAAAAAUAAAUAAUAAAAUAUAAAGCAACUCGAUAUUUUAUGUAUUUGCAUACCGUAGUUAAUUGUACACACAUUAGAAAUUAAUUAUUAAGUCACGUUAGACGUGCGCCAAAUUCCGAUUCAAUGUUAUCGCCUACUUUUAGCAUUUUUAUUUUUAGGACAGGUAUUGUAAAUAAUCAAAAUGAUCUUUAUUAUUAUUAUUUUUUUUUUAUUUUUUUUUUUUUUUUUUUUUGGGUUUAUAUCUAGAUAAAAAGUUUCUAAAUGUUACGUUUUUAUCCGCAUGUUUUAAAAAAUACGAUUCCACACGGCUGCUGCCGUAUUAUAACAGCAUGUAAUAACAUUGUACUACCUACGGAUAACUCGCAAACAAGAACAUCGUGAGAAUAACGAAACGCGUCGCGUGUAUCGAUUGAAUAAAUUAUUUGAACAUUCGCCGAUGUAUGACGUGUCUGAUAAUUUUAUAAUCAUGAUACAUCACUAUUAUUCGAUUGACGUACCGCGAUUCGUUUAAUAAAUGUUUAUGUGAUUUUUAUUAUUAUUAUUUUUUUUUUUUGAUCAAACACAGACAAGCCGGUGUUUAAGACCCACAUGGAAGGCGAUCCGGUAGAGAUGUACGUUUUUAAAUCGGAUUCGAUAAGUCUGAACUGCCGCAAUUCCGCAGAACCGCCGGCCAACAUGACGUGGAGUUUCGAGGACGCGAGCUUCCUCAAUCCGUACGAAGACUACAUGGUACGUACCUAUUCCCUCUACAUUACAUAAAACCGAAGUUUAUUUCUAAAUAUUGUACACGAAUGAAUUACGAAUUGCCGAGUGCGUAAAACAGCGUUCUACGGUAUAGUCUAUUAUUGCCAUAGGAAUAAAACUGGGAGUUUUUAUUUCAAAAAUUCGAACGUUUUAAUUUUGCACAACCUCUAAAAGAGUUAUUUUUUUUUUUUUUAUAAUUUUGUUUACUCAAAUAUGAACCUAACUAUUAUGUAGUCUUGGAUGCCGAAAUAUUUUGGUAGGGUGACGGGAACGAUAAAAGAGCCACUAAAAGCCCUUCAGUAAAACAUUCCGUUCCGUAAAUACUCUUUUGGGGAUUGCAUCCUGUACUUUCACGUAAUACAUUAUUAAAUCAUUAUUCAAUUUUAAUUUCUUUUAAAUUAAAUACGGGGUGAUUUUUUUUUUUUUCUUAAGUUCAGUAUUUGUAUUAAACCCAUUUUCGGAAAAUCGUUAAAUCCUUAAAUAAAUAUUAGAAUUAUACCAGAAUAAGUCAGGUACACAUAAAGUUAUUUUAUAGCGAAUAUACUUUAAGUUCGAAGUAAAAAUAAACAAUACGGUAUAAUUGCUAUUUGAACACCUGCUUAAUUUUAAAACGUAUAUUUACCAAACAGGGAUGUAUUUUCGUAUUUUAUUUUUAUUAUUAUUCAUCCCCGUACAGGUAACGUUCACUGAAGUUAAAAAGUUGGGAUUGUACUCGUGUACGGCCAGGAAUACUUUAGGCAAAGUCACCAGACGGUUUCGGUUGAUCGAAGGGUUCAAACCGAAAACGCCCAGCGGCCUGGCCGUGGGAGAAAUAGGAGAAAACUUCAUCAAGCUGAAAGUGGACGCCGGCGACCCAGCCGACAAUUUGAUUGGCUACCGUGUGGAGUACGUGACCAAAGCCGUGGAACCGGGCACCCGAAAGACUUACGAAAGUUUCGACAUGAUAAACUUCAAUACUACCACGGGUACGUGUAACGUCCUCUUUCUCUGUGUAUGUAUAUAUACCUAUACCUAUACCUCCCGCCCUCAAAGUUCGCUAGGGAAGUUAUUACCUAUAUAUAAGUAUAAUACGUACGUUAAUACCGUCGUUUCCGUACCUGCUCCAUAAUAAUAUAUACUUACCUAUUCCGAUACGGGCCAAAAACACACGCGAACUUCAUCCCCACCUCCCUUUUCCUCGCCCAGUCCGUCAAAGUAUUCAAGGUUUCCCCGCGUGAUAUAUUAUUACGCUUGGACAUUUUUAGCCACUGUUACCGUUGCGAUUAUUUUGUCGAAACUGUGCAUUUUUUUUUCCACGACGAAGCUUGCGGAAUUCAAUUCAUUACGUUUCAAGUCAAAUCCUGCAGAGUUUUUUCGUGGCUCACAGGUCACUGGUUAAAAUCGAAUUCGUGAUGACCGGAACAAUAUUUGUGCGAUAAAUAUCAGCACAAUUAUCAUCGUUCAUAUUUGGCAGUUUUUAUUCUGUUUUUUUAUUCUGUGGGAAGGGGGGGGGGAAUCGGGAGAAUUAUUAAAGAUUAUUUUUGAUUGAUUUUAUUAAUCAAGUCGAUAGGGAGAACAAACUUUCAUUUCCUCCUACACACGAUAUAAAGGCCUUGAAUCUUGAUAUUAAUCUACGCAACGAAACCAAGAGUAUUGAUAACUAAAAAAUCAAUGUAAAAGCUGAGUGAUAAUUUAAAAAUAUUAUUCUUAUUUAAAUCCGUGUUGUGACGUCAGCCCGUAAUGGUGGGAGGCAUUAUUCGUUGUUUGUAAUAUAUUAUUAUGUCACGUCCAUUUAGUGAAAUCGUUCUUCUGUAUAAAGUGCACUUCACGAAAAGUUUCCAUAUCGCGUGAACAAUACACUUUUUACACGAUAUGGAGGAUGAUUAUUUGUGUUCGCGAAACGAACAUUUUAUGAAAUACAAUUUUUUUUUUUCACUCAAUGCGAGUGGCUUUUCGUGAAAUGGAUGUUUUUUUUUUUUCUAACUAUUUGAAGGUUUCUUCACGAUUUAUGUCUCCAUCAAUAUAGUGUAUAUACAGACAGAUAUUUCACUGAGGGGUGAUUCAAUCCCAAAAACCUACCCUUGUACACACGCAUAGUCUCCGUAUCGAGGAAUGUUUUGUAUUCAUAUUGUUAUGUCUAAAUACUGAGAGUGUAAAUUAUUUUCUUAAUUAGUGUUUAUUAUGCUACAAUCGGAAUUUUAUUUAAAGUCGUUUUAAAAAUGCAUACAAUAUUUUUGAAUGGUUCUCGGAUCAUUUUAACAAUUUUAACGUUUUAGGUUUUUAGCUUCCUUAACUAGGGCUGUGAAUUUGUAGGAAAGUGCAUUUUUUUUUUAAGCUAAUUGUGAAAAAUAGCUAUCCAAAUACAUAGUUUGAAUUAUGUAACAACAAAUUUGUGAAACUUUUAUUUUGCAUUUUUUGACGCUUUUAAUUCUUUAAAUCAUUUGUUGGCCUUUUUAGGUCAUAUUUUUCUUCUAAAUUUAUUUUUCGUCAAUUAAUAUCUUCGCAAGCAUAUUUUUUGUUUUGCACAGGCUGUAUAUAUGUUAAAUGUAUAUUUUAUAAAAAAAAACAUAUUUUACACAAGCAGUAUACGAGUUGGGUAAAGAUAAGGAUUCGAUAAAAUAAGGAAAUUGCAAGAUUAGUUUUUUUGAGCCUGUAGAAUUGUUGACAUCAUUUUUAAGGUUUUCCACUGCAUUGAAUUUGCAGCCCUAUUUAUUAUAUAACACUAUCACGAGAUAUCUGAAGGUAUCUGAGUAAGAUACCUGGUAUCCCAUAAAUAUGGCCAGAGUAAAAAAUAUUUGAACAUUUAAAUAUUUAAAAUUUACCAUGGUUAAAUUUCGAUAUACUCGUGGUACCCGGGGCUGAUCAUUGCUCGAUAAAAUUAAUAAUUACACUUGUACAUUGACGAGAUAUUUUACUUUUAAGUUUGUUAGUAUGUCAGUGUGGGGAGAGCAUUAAAUGCCACCACACAAACUAUGUCCCACUACUCUCCCCUACCCAAAAUUAAAAAUACAGCGCCAAAAUGUAUACUGAUAAUACUUCGUAUAUUAAUGAAAUUAUUUGUAUAGGUUACCAUUUAAAUAAAAAUCAAAAGUAAACGGACCUUUAACACCCAAAAAAAUAAAUAAUGUUUGAUUUUGGAGCUACUUUUUUUCACUCUCUACUUGAAUUACUAUAUAUGAGAAACAUAUGACUUCUCGUCCAUUUAGUUAUUGACAAAACAACAACAAUUGCGGCGGACAAUAUUAUAAUUAUUCUUAUUUCAUGACGGACACGUUCCGCGUGGUUUUAUGUUGUAGGUCCUUUCGCGCUCGAGAACCUCAUGCCCGACACCGAGUACAUGACGAAAAUUCUGGCCAGGAACCGGGCUGGCAACAGCAACUACACCGAUACGAUGGUCGUCCGGACGAAACCGUUGGUGGUCAUCACCGGAGCCGCGCAACCGUCCUCGGGAGGACUCGUCCUGCACCGGUUCCUCCUCCUGUCCGCGGCCGCGUACGUCAUCGCCUCGCUCCUCGGACAGUAGAUUUCGCCGUCAUCCGUAUCACAUCCAUAAACAUGAUAACAAUAUUUACUACAAUAACAUUAAAUAGACCAGGAAUGAUGGCGAAAUCGGGUAUACGCACGAUCUCACGAGGCCAACACACUAUUUAUAUUUAUAUUAUUACUAUUAUUAUUAUUAUUAUUAUUAAUUAUAUGCGUGGGAGAAUCAAUGCGACCGCGGCACUGCGGUUAUUUCACGGCAGAGAAAAUAUUCGUAAUACAAUUAUUUUUUCCACGAUCGUUUAUUAUGACGUAUUUUGUACUAAUAAUGGACGCGGCACAUUUAGUUGCGUCGGAGAG